ACCCAAGACGUACCGACAACGUUUUUAGUUUGGAAACAUAUUCUACGCUUAAAGCAUCGUCGGACUUCAAUUAAAAACUGAAAUGAUUACCGCAAAAAUUUUAGGUUGUGUCCUUCUCAUUUUGAGUAAUUACAACUCGCAGGCAGAGUUUCCAAAGAACUCCAGUUCUGUGGGAGAAUUCCAAAAUGCAGUAGAUCAGUGCCAGGGUUUUUGUAAUCAAAUUCAACCAAUAUUGAAUCAUAUUGGCGUUCACCAACCAGUGUGGAACAAGAGCGAAACCAGGACUAACGUUUUUGAGAAUUUGUUACAAAAUAUAGAAGCCAAACUUGCCGCCUUUGAAGCUUCAAAACGCAAACCAAAACCGGAUCUUAACAAAUUUUUUAAAAUUGGUUCAAGAUACUUUCACAUCGAAGAGAUGCACAAGUUGAAUUGGUAUGCCGCUUUUAAAGCCUGUAGAGAAAUUGGAGGAAGAUUGGCUAUCAUUCAAAAUGAAGAAGAACUGAACAAAAUCAACAAACGGGUCGAAGAACUAAACCACUACUGGCUGGGCAUCAACGCUUUGGUAAGACGAGACCGCUACAAAAUGUGGCCAUUUGGAGCAAAACAAAGUUCUUUCAUAAAGUGGUUGUAUGGGUAUCACAACGCCUUCAGUUACGGCGAAAGAUGUAUGGUUCUCCUUGAAUCUCAUAUGUUGGAUGCUAAAUGUGAUGAAAAACAUCCCUAUAUAUGUGAGGCAGUCAUUGAAGAUUGAUUUUUAAAAUUAGAUUCAAAUAUGUUUCUGAUAUACAAUACAAAUAAAAAAAAUUUAGCAGCAC